UCCCUGGGUUACAAGUUCUCUUAGCUGCAAGGGAAGGCAGCGAACGACUGCAUCCUAUUAGUUACGGCACCUGAAGGGGUGAAUGCCAUGGUCCUCCCAACUUGCCAGAUGUUCUGAAUGUGGCAAAGGAUCAGGUCUUGCUGCCUUCCGUUUAUCUGGGCCAAGCUACGUGUCUUUUGCUUCCACUGAAGGAUCCUCUGAAAAAAGAGUUUCCCCUUGAAGGUGAUUCCAACCAUCAUGGGGAUAUUUUGGACAACCUUAUGCUUCCUGGUAUAUGCAUUGAAUACAGACCAGGGUGUCCUGGCUAUCAUGAGCUCCCAGCCCCAGAAGGACUCAGGAGACCUUGACAAUCCUUCAGAAGACACCAUCUCCCCAGAGAUGCUGCAGGAGAUGCUAUGGCUUUUCCGAAGAGAAGAUCCAUCUGCAUGGAAUUACUCUAUCCUGGGCCUUUCCAUUGUUGUUCUGCUCAUUGGUGUUGUGCUCCUGGGAGCAAAUAUUAGGGCCAACAGAAACCACAAGGUCCUUUUCCCCCACAAAGAAGGCUAUGAAGACACCCCGCUGGAUGAAGAAGAAGCGAAGCAGGCGUUUGUGUUGCUAAACAAAGAGAAUCCGGAUCGAGCUGAAGACAAUUUGCUUCCCAAAACACCAAUCUUGGGAGACGUGAUGGUACGCUGGAAGGAUGGGAAAACAUCACCCCUCUAUGCUGAUGCCAACGAAGCAGAAGCAUAGCACCUAAUCAUAUCCAUAUUUUGGCUUUUUUGAAACCCGGGAGGAUUUC